AUGUCAACUUCAACACCAAAACAAAGCGAUGCAAAACGAUCUCCAGAUGCUACAGCUCAUUUAGUGGCAGGUGCUAUCGCAGGGCUUGUUUCUGCUGUUACUCUACAGCCUUUUGAUUUGUUGAAAACAAGGUUGCAACAACAGCAAUUGACUUCUAAACAUGAAGUUAGAACGUCCAUAACCAAAGAAUUAAGAAAACUUACUGAGAUGAAAGAUUUAUGGAGAGGUACAUUACCAUCGACAUUAAGAACAUCAAUUGGAGCUGGGUUAUAUUUCACAAUAUUAUCUAAAAUGAGAACCAAUUGGGCAGAACAUAAAAGUAAGAAGGAUCUGUCAAUUAAUAUAAAGUCCGGUUCAUCUGUGUUGCCCAAACUUACCCCGAUAGAGAAUUUAACUACUGGUUUUAUUGCUCGUGCUAUUGUUGGUUAUAUAACAAUGCCCAUAACCAUAAUUAAAACGAGAUUCGAGUCAAAUUUAUACCAAUACAAUUCCAUGACCGAAAGUAUUCAAGGUAUAUAUUUGGGUGACAACAAGACUAUUCACACAGGAGGAUCAAUAAGGAACUUUUUCAAAGGAUCUGUGGCUACAUUAGCCCGUGAUUGUCCAUAUGCGGGGUUAUAUGUUUUGACUUAUGAAUUGUUUAAAAAUGAUUUAAUGCCCGUACUUGUCCCUACAGGAUUGGGUGAUAAUCGAUCAGGAGUGAUAAAUUCUGUAGCGGCAGUAUUAGCAGCCAGUACAUGUACCACAAUUACUGCACCAUUUGAUGCCAUCAAGACAAGAUUGCAGUUGACGAACGAAACAUCAAUGAUGAAAGCAAUGAAGACAUUGAUCCAUGAGGAAGGUGGGGUCAGAAAUUUGUUUAGAGGUUUGCUGUUAAGAUUGGGUCGAAAAGGUAUAAGUGCCGGUAUAAGUUGGUGUAUUUAUGAGGAGAUAAUCAAGAGCAAUUUCGUUCAAACUAAGUUUAUUAAAAACAAAGAUGCACCAUUGAGCUAG